ACAAGAACAACUUACCAACAAUCACCAUGAAAAGCUGCAUAUAGCCCAUUCGCACAAUUGUUCUCCACUGCCCCUCUUUGCAUUCUUUUUCUCUAUUGCUUCUUGGGACUGGCGGCUUGACCGCUCCCAUAUUCUACGAUGAGGCCAAUUGCACUUCGUUUGCUUGUACUAGCAGCCUUGAUUGUUUUGGCCGCGGCCUGGAGCAAAGAAGAUUACGAGAUUUUUCGUCUUAAUGACGAAGUCACUGCUGCAGAAGGUGCCAAUGUGACAUUCUACGAUUUCCUGGGCGUCAAACCCAGUGCCAACCAAGACGAACUGAGCAAGGCCUAUCGCCAGAAGUCGAGACUUUUACACCCCGAUAAAGUAAAGCGGACCUUCAUCGCCAACAGUUCCAAGGACAAGUCCCGAUCCAAAUCCUCCCAGGCCAGUGUCCAUGUCAACAAGGGUCGUUCGCAGCGGGAAAUUGCCGCCGCUGUCAAGGAGGCCCACGAGCGCUCUGCCCGUCUGAAUACCGUAGCCAAUAUCCUCCGCGGCCCCGCUCGCGAGCGCUACGACCAUUUCCUGAAGAACGGAUUCCCCAAGUGGAAGGGAACUGGAUACUACUAUUCACGUUUCCGUCCUGGCUUGGGAUCUGUUCUUGCCGGAUUGUUCUUGGUCUUCGGUGGUGGCGCGCACUAUGCUGCCCUGGUUCUUAGCUGGAAGCGUCAGCGUGAGUUCGUUGAUCGGUACAUUCGUCAAGCUCGGAGAGCUGCCUGGGGCGAUGAAUCGGGUGUCCGGGGUAUCCCUGGCCUUGACAGCGCCCCGGACCCUGCUUCUGCCCCAUCCCCGGCCCCGGAACCAGAAGCGGCCGCCAUGCCAAUGAACCGUCGCCAAAAGCGUAUGAUGGACAGAGAGAACCGCAAGGAAGGUAAGAAAGGUGGCCGGGCGACUUCACGUAACUCGGGAACCGUCACGCCUACGUUCGAGUCUGUCGAGCCCACCGGGGAGAGGAAGCGGGUAAUUGCAGAGAACGGAAAGGUGUUGAUUGUUGAUUCGGUCGGUAACGUGUUCCUGGAGGAGGAGAUGGAAGGAGAGCGCCAGGAAUUCUUGCUUGACAUUGAAGAGAUUCAGCGUCCCACAAUCCGUGACACGAUGGUGUUUCGUCUCCCGGGUUGGUUCUACCACAAGACAAUUGGCAAGUUUCUCGGUCCUUCGCACACGGCGGACAGUGGUGCUGAGGCGGAGGAGGAAUUGUCCGACAUGGUGGAGCAAUCAGCUGAAGGCAUCAGCAGCUCUGCAGUGCCUUCUAAGACUGGCUCCUCCAAAAGACGCGGAAAGCGGUCACAAAGAUCGUCAAACAAGUGAUGUAGAGGGGAAGCCAACUUCGCUUUGUAUGCGCCAUCCGCUUUGGUUAGUUGCUGUCCUUGGGGUCUACGAAUGAGUUCUACGAGGGCAAGUGUAUAAAUAGUGUUUGGUGUCAAAAGUUCAUUUCGAUAGGCCAUGACAAGCGUUUCGUUGGCAGUAGUGUCUGAAUACUUCCCAAACAAUUGGAUAUAAGCUU